AUGCCUGUUCCCAGUGGAGAGGAGAAGGAUCUGGCUGAAGCUGAGGAACACAGAGAUGUACUAGUGAAAGAGCUGCAUGAAUGUGAGUCUUCAGCUGGAGUGGGAGUAGCUGUGGGGGAGGCGGAGGAGGGUCUCUCAUGGGCCUGGGCUCCAUCUCUCUGCCGUAAAUCUGCAGGAAGCUCUCCCUCUGAAUCAGCUCAAGAUGAGUCUCUCCGCGUGUGUGUCCACCCGGGGCCCAGCUGCUGCACCAGUAAGAUGGAGGACAGCUACAUGGCGGCUGUUCGCAGCGAGUCGCAGCAGAAGAUGAGAUCGUACAGCUUCGAGCUGAAGUACCUGAUCGCUGGACACACCAAGGCCUACCAAGAGACCUUUGAGUCCCUCGUGUCCUUCACAUCCAACCUGACCAGCACUCUGUUCGACAGCGCUUACUCUGCUCUGGCGUCCGACUGUCGCCCCAUUGUGUUUCAGCUGUUCAGCGACAUCAACCGACACCUUUCUGGGGACUCAUCCUCAUUGGACACCGCUGUGCGUCGGUUCUACAAUGAUCUUUUCCCAUUGGUCUACCGUCGCCUGCUGAACCCUGGGAUCGGCCACAUGUCACCCAAGUCCCAUUCCACCCCCUCCACCAAUCAGGAUGACUGUCUGCGAAUGACGCGGCAGGAUGUAAGCCCGUUCGGACCACACCCUCGCCUCCUGGUCAGCGGCCUGUCCCGUGCGCUGGGGGCGGGCCGGGCACUGAGCCGACUGCUGAGACUGGCCGGAGAGGUUGUCAACGCAACCGAGAAGUUGACUUUAUCCAGAGAAUGUGGGCGGGGCUUAGUGAGGAUGCACUACUGCUCCCACUGCAGAGGGAUGACUCUGAUACGGCCCUGUACCGGACUGUGUGUCAACAUCAUGAGAGGAUGUCUGGUGGGGGUAUCAGAACUUGGCGCCCCCUGGGGGAGUUUGGUGGUGAUGCUCCAACGGUUAGCUGCCAUGUUAGCAACAAGCAGCAACCACAACAGCAUGGAGUUAGCGCUGUUAGCAGUCCGAAAUCAUGUGAACGAUGCUAUACUGCACGCUCAGCUGCACGGGCCGCGCGUCACAGCCACAGUAGAGAAGGUAUGUGGACCCCAGGCAGCUGGUCCCAUAAUGCCAAAGGCAAAUCCCACCAACUGGCAGCACACAGCCUCUGUGAGCCCUGCUACAUCAGUGACGUCAGAGAGGUCAGAGGUCACAUCGCCACCCUUAGCAGGUCCUGCUUCUCAUCGUCUGCCGCCACAAUCCAGGAGGCCAUUUCCUCUUAAAGGCUCCAGAGGAGACAAGAGUCGCAGCCUGAAAAAACUGUCUAGGGAGUUUGAGGGCUCCAUCCAGCGGUACCAGUGGUUUUUCUCCGAGCUACCAGAGAUGCUUUGUGAAAGUGAGAUGGAGGUUGAGCAGCACACAUGCUGGAGUGGCCAAGACGUUGUAGAAAGUUAUGCAGGUCGUGUUGUUGGCAGCAGUUUAAAAGCCCAGAAGGAGAACCCAGAGAUGUCCGUCCGUAAUACAGAUCCUGUCCUGAAGGGGGCCAAACAGAGGCUGGAGCAGCUUACAGAGCAAAAGUCCAAUGGCUUCGUACCAGUCUGCAGCCAGGAGUUUGGGAGCCACUGA